AGAAGAUCCCUUAAGAAAGCUGCAUGCCUAUUUCCUUCUAACUCCUUUUCUAGGAAUCUGGGGAGGUUUGCACAGGCUGAAGUACAAUCCUCUUCUGGAAUUAAUCUUCUAUUGUGUCAUUCAGGUUAUUUUUUUUUGCAUUUUUGUUUGUGGUAAUUUUAAUAGGUUUUAACCUAAAUGAGAGGUGCUUAACUGCAUGGAACUCCCACUGAUUCCAAAGACAGUUUCAUAUGAACAGGGCUUUGGUUUCAGACCUGGAGGAAAGAAAUCUUAGAAGCUUAGUUAACCCAUUCUCUGGCUUUCCUGAAAGUUUGCUUUAUAACAACUGAAGUGCUUAUAAAAUAAGCAGCUGAGUGUAUUAAAGUUAAUAUAAAGCAUCAAUUUAUAUUGUUUAGCUAAACCAGAGCUUUCUCUCUAUGGCUCUAGGUUGUCUGUUAUUAAACGAUCAUGUAGAUAGAGAGUUUGUAAAAAGUACAUGCUUCAUAAAACAGGAUGUUCACAGCUUAGGGAAUUCACUGAGAGAAGAAAAAUUGGAUUGUUGGAGUGAAUUCAAACUCAGUUACCCUCCUAUCAGGCUUUCUUGCAGUUAGAGCAAUGGAUGGAGAUGGGAAGUCCAGUCAUGAGUUACAUCAACUUUAUUUGAUACUAUUUCUAGACAAUGUUCCAUAGAUAUGCACAUGAUAGAUGUGAAGAGUUUAGAAAUUUCCAGAGAGGUAUAAAUAUAAUAGAAAGUGAUUAUUGACCAAUGACCCAGAUUGCUAUUCUUGUUGAAAUGCCUGUAGCUUCACUUACCUGUUCAAAAAAGCUUAUGAGAAAGGUUCUGUUUUUAGGUAAAAUAAGCAAAAUUGUGUCAUGGAUCAUUGCCUGGAAAACUAUGAGAAUUUAUGGGGAUAGAUCUGCACUAUGGUCUGGUUAGAUUUAUGGACUUUACAAUUGAAGAAGAAGCAAAAUAUAAGAAAGUCUCAGUGAAGGACUUGCUGUCAUUUUCAAAUGUUAGAGUGCGUGUGGGGUUAGCCACCAGGAAACUGGGAAAUUUGGCAAAACCCACUGUGAUCAUCAGCAAGAAGGGAGAUACUAUAACUAUAAGAACUGAAAGUACCUUUAAAAAUACAGAGAUCUCCUUCAAGCUGGGCCAGGAGUUUGAAGAAACCACCGCUGACAACAGGAAAGCAAAGAGCCUUGUGACCUUGGCAAGAGGCUCCUUGAAUCAAGUGCAGAAAUGGGAUGGCAAAGAGACAACAAUAAAGAGAAAGUUGGUGGAUGGGAAAAUGGUAGUGAAAUGUAAACUGAAGGGAGUGGUCUGCACCAGAAUUUAUGAGAAGGUCUAAGAAAACUGUUUCUUCAUUGAAGUGAUAUUUCAUCAUUUGAUGUUGGAAAUCAACUGUUUCAACAGGCAAGGCCAGACUACACUGCAGAUUUUGUUUGUUUUUGCUUCUAUUUAAAUGGAUCAGAUAGGCAAAGUCCUAAACUGAGGAGUAAUCUAAAAUUCAGUGUUGUUUAAACAUUUUCAGUUUGCAUGCAUGUCCUUACCAUAUUAAAAUAUGUAUAUUAGCCAGAGCUAAAUACUGAUAAUGUCAUUUAAUUAUCUGUGAAAUUCUAAUGUAUAUUGUGCUUUGUAUAUUGAAAUUAUAGUGAAAGGAAGUAAAUGUAUUGAUCAGUGGCUGCAAACUCAAAUGCCUUCAGAGGCCAGGAGAGUAAUAUGGGAGGAAGAUUAGAAGUGAGCUCAUCUGGAAAGAGCUGUUUUAAAUCAAGAAGUUCUAGUUCUGGCUAAAAUGGCAGGCUCUACUCCACACCAUUUUUUAAAACUAAGGAGUAAUUUAUAGACAGUGAAAUGCACAGCUAUUAAGGGUAGAGUUCAAUCCAUUGCAACGAACACAUGCACCCAUACAACUUACAUCCUGACCAAGAUAGAGUACAUUUCCUAAGGAAAGUUUUCUCACAUCCCUUUUUGGUCAGGGUCCUGCCCUGUUCCACCUCCACCAAAAGCAAUCGUGAUUUGGUUUCUAUCAUUUGGUUUUUACAUUAUCCUUCUCUUUAAUGUUUGGAUCUUUAUAUAAAGAAUAUCUAUUGUUUUUAAUCCAGAAAAGUAUACAUUUUGUAAAUGAAGAAGCAGAGCCAGGAAACUUAAAAAAUCUUGAAACAAGGAAAACAACUGCUUCUGUUCUAUGCAGCCUAAACCACCACUUUGCAUACACAGACAUACUGUACUAAUUUGCAACCACAGUGCUCCUACUUUUUUGUGUUCUGCUUCUUGUAACUUAAUAUUCUAAUAAAGAUUCUUCCACAUUUAAACAGGUGAUAUACCAUAGUUUAUUAUGGUUCUGUAAUAUAACUGUUUUAUUUUUAAGUUAUGUCCAGUUUGGAGUUAUUACAGAUUAUCUUGCAAAAAUGACCUUUAUGUAUUUUCAUGUAUAUAUAUUUGACUGUGCUGAAUACCUUUUUUAGGAGAAGGAUUAGUGAGUCAAUGAAUAUGGAAAACCUGGUGGUGUCUUACUGAAUAUUUCUGUAUUGCUUUCCUAAGAGUCAUUACUGAUUGGUGACAAUGCAACCAGCAGCAUAUGAGUCCAGGACAAUGCAAGUCAUUAUACUAGCAAUAACAGCUAUUGAACAUUAUUGUGUACUAUAUGCAAGCUUAUUCACUCUCUAUCACAUGAUUCACAUGUUAUGUUGCCAUAUUUAAUAAAAUUUUCACACAACAACCCUAUCUGGUAGAAAAUAUUAUCAUCCCCAUUUGAUAAAAGUGGAAACAAGUGUAGAGUGAGAUGCAAAGUCACAAAGUGGUAGAACCAGGAUUUGUCUCUUUUUGAAGAGAGGUCAUCUGCUAAACCCUUACUCUAUUUUGCCUCCUUUGUCACACUUGUCUAUUAGAUACAUGGCUGUUUCUUGUAAUAUCCUGAAGAGUAUGCUUUUAGGGGUUACUCUAGCAUGUCAUCAAACUUCAUAUAAAUGUAAUCAUGCAUUAUAUGUCCUCAUCUGUUUUUCUUUUUAAAUAAGGAGUAAUAUUUUUGAAAUUCAUCCAUAUUGUCACAUACAGCAGUAGUUUGUUCCUUUUUAUUGCUACAUAGUAUUCCAUUGUGUGACUAUAUCACAGUUAGUUUAUCCAUUUUUCUCUUAAGACAGUUGGGCUAUUUUCAGAUUUGGGCUAUGAUGAAUAAAGCCACUAUAAACCUUCUUGCACCAGCCUGUUUGUGGACAUAUGAAUGUAUUUCUAAGGCAUGGAAUAACUAGGCAUGGGAUUAUUGGAUACAGUUGGCUUUGGACAGGCAGGAAUAGGGGACUACUGUGCCCAAGUAACAUUAAUACUGCUUCAGAGGUGCUACAUGAUUAAGCAAAUGAGAAAAUGUGUUAAGGUUGUUAGGAGCCAAUAUUUCACUGUGGAGGAAGGAAUAUGGAAUGAGGAAAGGCAAGAAAGAACCAUGUGAUAAUGGAUUGGAAUAGAUAUAAAUUCAUGGUUUCUAAGGCCCAUGUGUAAAUGUAUAUAUAAUUUCACAUGGAUAUCUUCAUGUAUUUAUGUGUAUGUAUAUGUGUAUACACAUUCAUAUAUUUCCUAGUUUUGUCUAAAUAUCUUAGAAGAAAAGACACCUCAGUGGAAAUGAGCAUACCUACUGCCCUGGUGUCUAAUAUCAUUCCCCACUAAAAGUAAUGAAGGUUUCUUUCAGAAACAACUGAUUCCAAAUUUGAGGGCAGGGCAGGUACUAGAUGACCCUGAAAUAUCUUGGUAUGCCAGAAAGUAAGCAAGUAUUAUGAAAAAAUGAUGCAAGAAUGUCAACAAAAUAUGAGAACCAGCUUGAAGGUGUUCCCAUUGGCCAAAACAAAAUAAUUGAGAAGAAUCCUAAACUAUCAAACAUUGGGGAAAAAUAAGAAUCCAUGGAUCCAUAAUACUAAUAGAGAUAGAAAGAGAGAAAAUAUGAGAGCAAGAGAGAAAGAAAGGGAAAGAAGAGUCUUCCUUAGAGUGGAAUGCCAUGGGCUGACUGGUAGAUGUGAAGGGCGUGCUAGAAUUGGAGAGUCAUCAUUUUUUGAACUAUACUGGCUUAGGCAAGAAUUACGCUAAAGCUGCAGGGAAAUUUUAAUUAGGAGCAAGGGAUUAGUUUUGUCUUAAAGUAUCUCCUCAUAGAUUGCUUAUUAGUUAUAAGGGGAAAAAUGUAGUAACUAUGGAGUGGAAAAAUUGGACAACCCCUUGACUGGGUAAUCAACAUUAACCUGGCCAGUGAAGGGCAAUGCACACUUGCCUUCAAAUGUGAUACCCUGAGAAGUAAGCAACAUCAUUUGUGUAGUAUUCCAGCCUGGAAUCUAUAUGUGGGCUAAUCAUGAGGAAAUAUCAGACAAAUUUCAAAUGAGGAAUGUUCUAUUACAAAAGAAGAAGAGAGUGUUGACUAACUUUGAAAAUGUCAGUGUCACAGAAGACAAAAAAGGCUUUGCAGAAAUGUUCCAGAUUAAAUGUUACUAAAAGUACAUGACAACUAAAUGAGUGAUUCUAGACUGGAUUCUGUGCUAGAAGUAAAAUAAAAGUUUCAAAGGACAAUAUUAGGUCAAUUGGCAAAUUAAAAUAUAGAUGGUAAAUUAGAUUGUAAGUGUACUAUAAUUAUAUUAAGACAACAUCCUUAUUCCUGUGAAAAAAGACACUGAAGUAUUUGGGGGUAAUGGAUCAUAUGUAUGCAAUUUAUUCUCAAAAACUUCAGAAAAAAGUAUUUUGUGUGUGUGUGUGUGCACAUUUUAUGCACAUACAUAAAGAAAGCAAACAAUUGCUAAAGCAAAUGGAGGGUUGUGGGAGGCACUGGCAUUAGAGCUCUGUAGUAUUAAAAAAUAGUCUCAGAGUAUAAUUUUGAUUCUCUAUGUUUUUAUAUAACAAAAAGUUCCUUUUGACAUAUAUUGGCUAAGAAACCUCAGACUUGAUAGUCCAAAUUCCAAUUUGCUACUUACUAGCUCUGUGUCAUUGGACAAAUUACUUAAACCCUCUGCCCCUCACUUCCUUCAUUGGCAAAAAUAGAAAUGAUAACAUGCCUCAAAGAGUUGUGAAGAAUAAAUAAGUUAAUACAUGUAAUGUGCCUUUGUUAUAAAGUGUAUUUGUUAUUAUUAUGUGUCUAAUAACAUAUGUGGUAUUCUAAUCAUUUUAUUAUACCUCAAAAUGAAGAAAACUUCACAAGAUCUCAGAGCUGAUGAUGUUGAUUUGUACACUAAGUAACUAAAUUUAUUAAGAAUAUUAUUUACACAAGGAUGAAAACAAUUAAGAAACCUAUUAAGAUGAAUCCACAGGAAAGCCAACAAACUUGCUGUAUGACUGCUAAUCUAAGCAACUUUUAAAAAUGGCAAUCGAUGAUUAUGUAAUUUUAAGGAGACUCAUACUAUAAAAAAUAGAUGAGGAUGAGGGAAGUUUGGAAGGCAAGUAAUGGGACAGUUGCAAUUUUAAAGUGGUCAGAGUUAGGCAUCAUUGAAAAAAUGAUGCUUGAGUCAAUAUUUGGAGGAGAUGUGAAGAGCUUGAGGCAUUUUAACAAAGCUUCUUUCUCUUUGCAUUUUCUCCAGCUUUGAUUUCCAACUUAGUAAAGUAGGGAAGUGUGGGUCAGCGGUAGUACAAUAGGCUUUACAUUAUAUACAAGUACACAUGUAUAUACUGCUUUAACCUAAUAAGGCCUAAAUAUAGACACUUAAAUCCCAAAGGAUAAGCAACUUAGCUGAUGUCAAUCAAAUGGUGAUUGCCACACCCGGUGUAGUUCUCUUAGAAGCCACGUGUACUGGAGCUAACUCAAAUUGUUUCAUAUGAGCUGAUUGUUAGAUUUUCAGGAAUUUGACAAGCUGGUUUUUAAACAUUUGGUAGGCUGAAAUCAGCCUUGACAGGAGUAUUACACCAGGAAAACAGGCAAAACACAACCAAUUAGGGCUUCAUUUCUUGAGAAGAUAGUUUUAAGUAUCUACUAGCAUGCCGCUGCCUGGAAGUAGCAUAGUACUUGCGUUUUAUUAAUAAGUGUCUUAGUUUCAUGUUGACCAUAUAUUUCUAAUUUCUGACUAAAGGUUUACUUUGUACUUUCUUAAAGUCACUCCAGUUAACUUUUAGCAUGAUUUUUUUCUAAACCAGGUGGUACUUCUCUAAAUGUGGUGACACAUUAGAAUUAUGUACAAGUUUUAAAAUAUCCCAAUACCGAGACAGGACCACAUACCCACUGAGUCAUAAUGUAUGGAUGAUGGGUGAGUCCUAGACAUCAGUGUUUUUCUUAAAGCACUGCAGGUGAUUCCAAUGUGUAGCCAGUUUGAGAACCACUGUCCCAGUCUCCCAAAGUUAGAAAUUUAAUGUAGUCUAUUAUCAUGUUGCUAACAGUUAAAGUGAAGUGAAAGAUUAUUAAAGUCAGGAGUACCAAAUGUCUCCAAUGUGACAUUAACCAAUUCCUAUUCAUUUAAGAAAAGUCUAACAUUAUAACCAAUCACUGUGAACAAUGAACAGUCACACUAUCUGAGGCUCUUUAUAACAAUGUACCUCUGAGCCCCAUUCCCUAUGUUGGUUUGAGUACUCCUGGUUUGUAAACUGCCUUUUUGGUGCAUGCACAAUAAACUUACUAAUUACUACUUCAGUGAUUCAUUAGUUUUAUUUCCGUUUGCUUCUGAACUUUUGAGACUAUGCUGUACUACAUCUUAAGAUGCUUUGUGUCCAAGAAAACUUCCAGAAAAGUGCUGGAUUGAACCAACAUUAAUUAAACACCUGACUGGUAUG